CCAACGACGUCAUUCAGCUUCUCUUCCAAAAAUGGUCAACGAGCUGUCGUUCAACUGUGAGGACGCAUGGCUUAACCUUUUUGUUGGUGGAGAAAUGUAUCCAGUUCAAGUAAAAACUCUUAUGAAUCCAACAACCUGUGGAUCUUAUUUUCGGGAUGUGGUUAAAGUAUCUGAUGCAGCAAUAAAGGUUCGAGGAGUUCAAUGGGAUACUGCACCAAAUCAUAUCAAGUUUCGAGUCGAUAUUGAUAGAGAUGGAGUUCUUUUUCGACAUGUGCUCCAAUAUCUCAGAAAUGGAAAACUUACAAGCCUCCCCGAUGAUAUUUUCACUCUUGAGUCCCUAGUCGCCGAGGCAGAGUUUUUCGGUCUCGAAAAAUAUCGUGAAAUGCUUAAAAAGAAGUUGUGGAAGUUGACUGGCAAACGACAGUACUACGCGUGCUAUGAGGAUUCUGAUUAAAGUGGUAGCUAGAAUCAAUUUUAUUAUCCAAUAAAUGAUAAAGAUGACAA